GCUGGAGCAGGGCACGCUGUCCGGCGAGUCGGCGGGGGCAGUUCUGUCUAUCCUCGACUGGGAGGUGCUGGCGGAAUUCAAGAACAAAGUAGCAGACAAGGCCAAGGGCGUCGGUGCCGCGGCGGCGAUGGGCAGGGGCUCGGGGGCCCAGCUGGGCAAGCCUGCGAAGGGGGGCGGCAAGGACGGGGGGGCUGGUCCGCGCCGCCCCCAUACGCUGCCGCGCCGGAGUCGCACUGGGACAGGCGGGGAAGGAUGGGGCAGGAUUCCUCCGUAGGCGACGCGGCGCGCGGUUGCUCUCGCCGCGGUCUGGCGCGGCCUUCCUUGGAGCGGCGCGAUCUCUGGUGCAUACCACAUAUUGCGAACGCUUGCCACGGUUCGGCGAUGCCUUGCUAGAGGCGCAGGCGUUCUUGAUCUUGG